AUGGACGCGUCUGAGCUCACACCACGUCGUUCCAAGCGCGAACACCAGCCAACGGCCAAAGCCGUGGCUUCUUUCUCAAUUACUUCUGCUUCUUGUAGUACGUCUCGACGUUCUCAACGACGUCGUGUACCCCCUCCGUCCACGUCGUCGCUGGUUACAGUGACGUCACCUGCGUCAUCUCGUCCCGUUUCUGUAACUGUUGAGACUGCUGUUGAACCCAAUGGACAGCGUCGAAGACUUCGAGCAGCGGCCCAUACGAAUGUAUCCCAAUGUGGGGUACACAUUUCGUACCCCAAGGGGGUACACGAUGACAAUAAAAUAUUGGGUCAGUAUUCGAGUCGGGAGUGUAAAUUAUUGUGUGAAGUGAUUUUAAGCCAAUUAGAAAAACAGACACUGGCAUUAACGGUAUUGGAUGAAAAGAAAUCGCCAGCAUUUAUCAAGUGGAAACUAGUCGCCAAGACAAUGGAAUUGAGCCAUAACAUUCCCAUGACACCUCAAGAAUGUCAAUUAUUAUGGAAAUUUUUGGCUUAUGGUCAAAAAAAUGUACUUCCAGACGGAGAGACAGAAGAAUUGUUACCAGAUUCAGAGGAGGAAGAAUUUUAUCAAAGUCCUAAGGAAAUCAAUGCUCGAGUGGCUGCUGAACAAGUAAAAAAUGCAGAAAAGAAGCAAGAAGAGAAGAUGCAAAUUGUUGCAAGUGACGAGAUCACAGAUGAAGGUCAAUACAAACAAAAUGCUGCUACAGAAGAAAGAGCUGCAAGAAAGAGUGAUGAGGUACAAGAGAACAAGGCCAAUGAGCUCGAGGAGAAAAGCGAGUCGGGAAUCCGAUUGUAUCCGACCUAUUCACUGCCUACGGGAGCACCGGACGCCUGGUAUCGUCCAUUUGGUCCGAAAGACGCAUUGCCACUGACCUUCGUGGCGUCGAGGUUUCUUCGGCGAAAACCAACACCAUCGCCAGCUCAGUCGCGAUUUGAGCAAUCGACAGUCACGACAGUACCAAGUGCUACAGAAAUGGUCGAUCUGAAACGAAAACAAGCAGUGCUGGCAAACCGUACCGAAGCAGCUAAAAAGCCAAAGUGUAUUACGCCCGUGGUGGCGACACCUCCGCACACAUACAAGCCGUCGUCGUUCCCACCUCUUGCUGUGACCCGCGCUCGAUCCGAGCUCGAUUUCUUUGAGCUCCGUCUUCGAGAAGAACAAGCGAAAAAAUUGCCUGGUACCACAUUCGCGCUCUCGGCUGCAGACGUUCAACGUCGGUUUGGAGAGGCAUCUGCCGAAGUUCGUCGCCAGUGUCAAACAUUGGCUGCGUAUGAUGUUGAACGGUUUAACCGAGACAUUCUGCGCGUGCAUGCUCGGCAGAAAGCGACCACCGCUGGCAAUACGAUACCGAAACCAAGUGUGGCCUCAACUUCAUCGUCAGCAUCAAUACCAGCUGCGUCGCCUUCACAGACAAGCACCACCACUUAG